UCAGAUCUCGCACGUGGCGGAACAAACGGAUAGGAUUAUCCCCCGCGUGGACCUACCCAUUUGAAUUCAAAUUCUGCUCAUAAACAUAAAGUUAACGUUACGAUUUUGAAGACCUCAGCUUCGGAUCCGAGCCAAACACCGAAUCAAAGGACAUUGGAAGGAAGAACCAAAAAAAACAAAACUGAAGAUUGCAAUAUCAACGCAAAGCCAAAUACCGAGAGAGAGAGAGAUAGCCCACAAAAAAGAAUUAAACAGCCUUUGAUUUUGGUCGUACUUUGACUGUCGAGUACAAUAUUUUCUCUCCCGAAAUCCCCUUCCUUUCUGGGUUUUCUUUGGUUUUUUUUUUUUUUUCCUUCAUUAUUUUUCUUAAAGAAAGAUACCCAUAAAAGAUUACCAAAGAAGAAGAAGGUAGAGGGGUUUGAAUGGAGUGUGUUACAAGAAAUGGAUUCCAUGACCUCAAUUUGGCUUCAAGAAAAGCUGAAGAAGCAGCUUUAAGAAGAUAUGUGGCUGUUGCUUGGUUAGAAACCUUAGUUGGUCCACUGGGGAUAUCAAGCCAACCAUCAGAGAAAGAGUUCAUUUCUUGCUUGAGAAAUGGUUUGAUUCUUUGCAACGUCAUCAACAAGAUCCACCCUGGUGCAGUCCCCAAGGUUGUGAAGAGUAAUUCACAUGCACAAUCACUCACUCGGGAGUUCCAGCCACCACCAGCCUAUCAAUACUUUGAAAAUGUCAGGAAUUUUCUUGUUGCCAUUGAAGAGCUAAAACUGCCAGCCUUUGAAGCUUGUGAUCUCGAAAGAGAUAACUUGGAAGCAGGGUCUGCAGCAAAGGUUGUUGAUUGCAUAUUAACUCUUAAGUCAUAUCAUGAAUGUAAGCAGAUUAAUUGUGGGAAUGGAAAUGGAUACUAUAAGCUUACUAGGUCCCCCAUGGUUAUGCAUUCUGCCACUAAGAUUCGCCCAGGAGCCUCAUCAGAAUCUUGUAGGCGCUUGGACAUGUCUGCUGCUUGUGAUAAACAACCACCUGCCAAUGGCGAAAUCCAUAAACUUGAAGAUACAAUUGUGAAGGUACUUGCUGACUACAUGGUUGACACAAAGGAAAACAUUGAUGACAGCCUUUUGGGUUCUUUCCAUAAGAAAAAUUCGGAUUCAGUCAAAUUAUUGAGCAAGAUGAUUUCAAGUUGUUUGGAGGAACAACAUCAGAAAAAGUUCCCUGAGCUGAAAUCAGUGUUUAAAGAUUUUCUAAAAGAAAGAAAUGGCUCAACUGUUCACUCUACUCCUAAUCCUCUGGAGGAUGUAUCAUCAUUUGGACAAUAUAAGGGAUCAAGAGCUCCCAUGAAAAGGGCUAAUUGGAACAACAGGAAUUUAUUACAAAUGCAGGAAAAAGAACUCUCAGUACUCAAGGACUUGUUGUCAACUACAAAGAGAGAGUUUGAAGACUUACAGUUACAACUGCAAAUAGAUUUGAAAGAUCUAGGAAGUCAAGUAGAAGAGAUGUCCACAGCUGCACUUCAGUAUCACAAGGUGGUGGAAGAGAACAGGAAGUUAUAUAAUAUGGUUCAGGAUUUAAAAGGAAAUAUUCGAGUUUUCUGCAGAAUUAGACCUGCUUUCUGUGCUGGAACAAGAAAUGCAAUAGAUUUUAUUGGAGAGGAUGGUUCACUUGUGAUUUUGGACCCGUUGAAACCCCAAAAGGAUGGAAGAAAAGUCUUUCAGUUUAAUCGUGUUUUUGGUCCAAGUGCAACACAAAAUGAUGUGUUUAAUGACACUCAACCUUUGAUUCGAUCGGUCAUGGAUGGUUAUAAUGUUUGCAUCUUUGCAUAUGGCCAAACUGGAUCAGGCAAAACGUAUACAAUGAGUGGUCCAUCAGGUGGAUCAACUAAGGACUUGGGGAUUAAUUAUCUAGCUCUCAAUGAUCUCUUUGAAAUUUCUAAUCAAAGGAAGGAUAUUAUAAGUUAUGAGAUUCAAGUUCAGAUGGUAGAGAUAUAUAAUGAACAAAUCAGAGACCUUCUUUCAGAAGAUUCAUCAUCCACCAAAUUAGAGAUUCGUAGCUGCAUUAGUGACAAUGGCUUAAGCCUUCCAGAUGCUACAAUGCGUACAGUGAAGUCCACAAGCGAUGUGCUAAAUCUAAUGAAAAUUGGAGAGGUGAAUCGUGUUGUCUGUUCCACUGCAAUCAACAAUAGAAGUAGUCGCUCCCACAGUAUCCUAACAGUACAUGUGCAUGGGAAAGAUGCAUCUGGCAACACUCUUCGUAGUUGCUUGCAUUUGGUUGACCUGGCAGGAAGUGAGAGGGUGGACAAAUCAGAAGUUACAGGAGAUAGGCUAAAGGAGGCUCAACAUAUUAAUAAGUCUCUUUCUUGCCUCGGAGAUGUCAUCACAGCUUUGGCUCAGAAGAAUUCUCACAUCCCUUACAGAAACAGCAAACUCACACUUCUUUUGCAGGACUCAUUAGGUGGACAUGCUAAGACAUUGAUGUUUGCUCAUGUGAGUCCGGAAGGAGACUCUUUUGGAGAAACAAUUAGUACUUUGAAGUUUGCUCAGAGAGUUUCAACAGUGGAACUUGGUGCUGCUCGUUUGAACAAAGAGAGCAGUGAGGUUAUGCAACUCAAAGAGCAGAUUGAAUACCUCAAGAAGGCAAUGGCAAACAAGGAAGGACAGAAUACAGUGUCCCACAAAAUGAAGGAACCAAAAUCUCCAUUUGACAAACAAAAGGCAACAAUUGAGAAAACUCCCCCACAGACUCGAAGGUUGAGCAUUGAGAAUGGUAGCAACAUGAAGUCUGAGAAGCAAAUGAACCUUGAAGACAGGAAAGGACCAAAAACCCCAUCAGUUCCAACACAGGCAAGGAGGUUGAGCUUGGAAGGUUCAAGAAAUGGUAAGAAGGACAACAGUCAGUUAAAAGUAUCUGAAGAUGUUAGCAAGUCCUUGCAUGUUGGCACAGUGUCCGUACAGAAAUAUAGUCAAUUCCAUGAUGCAGAAGCUGUUACAAAGCAGUUUGGGAAUCUCAGCAAUGGCAGCUCUAUGAUGGAAAUUUAUCAUUCUAAAUCUCCUCGAAGUCCUACUAGUUCUUCCUUUCUAAAGCAAGCACUGAAGACAGAUUGUCGGACACAAAUUCCUAGACUUCAGCUACCAAAUACACCUGAACCACAACUACUUGCUAGAAAUGACAUUCAGAAUAUCAUGCAAAGUGUACAUUCUACCGAGUCCCGAACGGCAAAUGGGAAAGGAUCUCAAAUAAGGAAAUCCCUGCGAACAACCAUCGGGAAACUGAUUAGUGGCUCUGAGAAGAGGAACCUACAGAACUCAUUGGAAUUCAAAUCACCCAUCAGGGGGGAGGGCAAUGUCAAUGAUUUGAAGUCACCAGUCACUGCUAAUGAAAGAGCAGUGCGUAGGCAAUCACUUACCGGUUCCCGAACAUCAGGACCAGACAGGUCUCGAAGAUCUUCUCUUGGAGGGAAGCCGAUUGACUCAAGUACAACUAUGAGCAAUAACAGGAAUGCCAAGACUCCUCCUCCUGUCCACCCAUCAACAAAGACAACAAAGCGGUGGUUGUAAUCAUCUAAUUGUUGAAUGAAAGGCUCCAGUGAUGCUUUGACUCGAAGCACACUGAGUUGUUGACAUUUUCAGAAGGCCUAAAGAAUAGCCAGAGCAAAUUGGGUAUUAGAGUGAGCUAGCCUCUAGUUCAUGUACAUAGGAAACAAUAGAAUGUCAGUUGAGGCAGGUUGAUCGUAGAAUGCCAACUGAUUCAUAGCUGAUUAUUUUUGCAAACCCCAGUUUUAUCUGCCAGAUGAGGCAAACUCUACUUCAUUUACUGACUUUGCUAUUUUUCAUCUAUUUCUUAAUAAAGUUUGGGUCCAUUCAAAGAUAUCAAAAUUUCUUUGUGCAACAAACAUUAGACUGGCAUUUCCUGUUGGAAAUAAGUGUUGUCCACGUUUUAU